AUGUCAGGAGUGGGUCAGUUAGAACCAUUUGAUUUAAAUCACCCAAACAAAUGGACAACUUACAAGCAGCGUUUUGAGCUGUAUCUUCUGGCCAAUGACGUUACGGAGGAAGCACGGAAGAAGGCUGCAUUGCUUACGCUGGCUGGCGCUCCACUGUUCGAGCUUCUAACGUCAUUGGCAUCCCCUACUCAGGUGAGUGAUUUGAGUUUAUCGGAAAUAUAUGAAAUACUCAACCAACAUUUGUCUCCAUGUCAAUCGGAAAUUGCGGCCUACUACCAAUUUCACAAGCGAGACCAACUAAUUGAUGAAUCGGUUGCGAACUACAUGGCUGCACUUAGGACUCUCGCUGUCGACUGCAAAUUCGGAGCUGCGUUGGAUCGCAUGUUGCGCGAUCGCUUCGUAUGUGGAAUGAAGGAUGAGGGUCUUCAGAAAAGUCUUCUAGCAGAGGCAGAUUUAACGAUUCAACGCGCGAUGGAACGCGCCACAUCUAGUGAGGCCGCUGCUCACAGCGCUUGGGCCAUGCGAAAUACAGCUGAGAGCACUGAGUCGAUUCACGAAGUGCAGACUAACGCGAUCCGUCCAAGCCGACCCAAUCAGCACCACCAGCCAUGCGAUGGUUGCGGGGGUGCUCACUUGCGGAAACUGUGCCCACAUCGGAACACUGUGUGCCAUGCCUGUCACCGAGCAGGCCAUCUUCAACGAGUCUGCAGGGCUGUAAGAGACCCGGGUCGUAAAGCAUUCAACACAUCGAGUGGCCAUGACUCCUACCGAGGACCACACAAGCAAAAGCCGAAUGAAGAAUACAGUGUCCACAGCAUACUACCGUUGAUUUGCCCAAAGGAAAUCGUUACAAUAAUUAUAAAUAAACGAAAAUGCCAAUUCGAAGUGGAUUCGGGGUCUGCGAUCACAAUGAUAGACGAAGCUACGUUUCGUUAUAUCUGGCCAACGGAUAGACCGAAUAUCCAAGAUUGUGCUCUAGAGUUUACGGAUUACCAGAAAAACCGAAUUCCAGUUAUUGGCAUCGUGGAUACAUCUGUCCAGUACGAUAAUAAAUACAUUCCGAAUCUUCCACUGGUUGUUACAUCAAGCGGUGGAUCGAAUUUACUUGGACGCAACUGGUUUAUGCCCUUAGGCAUCAGCAUAGAAGGAAUACAUGCCAUUAACGCUAAACUUAGCAUCGAGGCAACUCUGGCGAAGUAUAAGGAUCUGUUUUCGUCUGAAUUAGGCCGUUUUCGGGGGCCACCUGUGUCAUUACAAAUCAAUACUGAUGCAACACCAGUCCGACUGCCAGCAAGACGCAUUCCAUUUGCAAUUCAAGAAUUAUAUGAAGAAGAAUUAGACCGUCUGUGCUCCCAAGGAAUCCUAGUACCCAUUGAAUACUCCGACUGGGCGACUCCUACAGUGCCAGUAAUUAAAAAGGAUGGUACUAUUCGCAUAUGUGGCGACUACAAGUCUACAAUUAAUAAAGUGAUUAAGCAACACGGCUAUCAAAUUCCUCCAAUGAAUUCAUUAUUAGCAUCAGUUGAAGGAGGAUCCAUAUUUGCGAAAAUCGACUUGGCUCAGGCGUACCAACAACUAGUGGUAGAUGAGCAGUCUGCAUUGAUGCAAACCAUAUCCCCGGGCAUAUUUCAGAGCUGCAUCGAACGUAUAUUGCAGAACGUUUCUGGUGUUUUACCCUACUUCGAUGACAUAAUUGUUAUGGGAAAAUCAGAGGAAGAGCUAGCGGCGCGUCUUAAUGAGGUCUUAAUGAUUUGA